AUGCAUCCCACCCCGACAACUGGAGGUCCUGACCUCAAUAUAUUCAUCGCAGCACCUCCAAUAUGGACAUAUGUGGCAGGGGACACCAUAAUCGGCAGUGUGAACCGCCAGAUGCACAUCGUGGCUCCAGAUGCCAAGAUCUCCCUUACAUUGAUCGGACGCACAAAAGCCCGCCUGAUAACAGAGGGCUACCCAUCGAAAGCUAGACACUAUAGCGAGUGGAAGAUUUUCGACAUGCAACCACAGACCCUGUUACGUGGACCUAUACAUAUCCCCUCACCCAGCACCCUAACCGACUGCAUCAUCAUCCCCUUUUCAAUUAACAUCCCCGAAGCAGCUUCAAAAUCGGCAGUACGCAAUCAUACACAGGAAGAGAGUUUGAUCCCUCUAGGGACACAUUGCAUCGCACAACACCCGUUACCGGGAACGUUUGCCACCGAAUGGACCGGGGCCAAGAUCUACACCGAGUACUACCUCCAGGCGCAGCUGCAGUAUAUGCGCAAUGGCUCGUGGCAGGUCCAGCGCGCGACAGCGCCAAUCACGUUAGGCUACCCGACAGUAGACGCGGGCGGGAUCCGGUUUGCGCUGCAGCAGUGUGGCGUCAUGAGCCGGGUGCGCAGUCAGCGAUUACUUCCCUCGAUGCAGGAUGUGGAUUUAUCCUUGACGCAGAAGACGCAGAAGAUUCUUGGGCUAUCUUCUGUCCCUGGAUUCAGUUUUAAGGUUGUGAUGAGUGUGCCGAUGGCUAUUCAACUUGAUAAUCCAUCGUCGGUUCCGCUUGUUAUCAGGGUUAUACCUCAGCGGGAUCGGAGUAGUAGUGACGUUUUGCAUGUUGUGCAACGCGUCGAUGUUAUCGCGGUUAAGAUGACUAUUCUUUCGAAAGUUGAGAUUGUUCUCAAACCGAGCGAGGAAAGUCUUCAUAGGGUACCUAAUGAUGAGCAUGUAUUUGUCCAGCAUUUGAGCAGCGCGAGGAUCCGAUUGUAA